CGCCGCUUGGCCAAGCCUGUCGAGCGAAGCUGACUUUAGUUCAAGUUUGAAAGUUGUAGCGAUUAGUGGUGCCUUUUCGGUACACUCGAAACGAAAAGGGAAAAAGUUUUGUCUUCUGGAGAAAGCUUUUGGCAUUCUUUUCUAGAACGAAAUCGCCCAAGUGUUCUUUGGCUUUUCAUUGGUUGGCGCCCCCGCCAACUUACUACGGUUCGAUUAAUUGUUUUCUGCUGUUUGUUUGUUUGUUGUGAUCGUGUAAUAAAUCUGACUGGUAACCGGUUCAGUCAUUGGAAGCUUUCAGAAUUCGACGUUUCAAAGCAAGACGUCCGUUCCGAAAAAAUGGGAGAAAACUAGAAGAGAGUGUGGAGUGUGUAAUUAAUUUUCUCCCCUUCGUGCUGCCCUACUGCUUCUGCUUGGUAGUUCAUUAAACUUUCAUUCAGUUUUCUUUGCCGUGCAUCUGUUCUAUUGUUUCUCACAUCGCAGUGCGAUUAACGUAGAGUGGAGGCAAAGUUUGGAAAUUCGAAUCUGAAACCCGUUGCUGCUGAUGGUGAUUUGGAAAGAAAACUAGACGAAAACGUUCGGAAACUGAGAAGAACCGGUUGAGAAAGGCCGCACUGGAGCCCGCACGUUUCCUCUGAUAACCAAUCUGAUAGAGUGAGUACGGGCAGCAGUUUGUAAAUGGUGCGUGAAGUUUAUUUUUUGAAUCGAAACUGGAGCACGCGGACCAUGAAUAGAUUGUGCGGCUGACGGAAGCAACAACUUGGUCCGUGCGUGAGUGAAAUUCGGUUGAACACUGCCAGAGUGCAUCGAGAGAACACGCUCAGGUCUCACCGGGUUGAAUUUUUCGUAUAUCAACAAGUGGUUGCCAAGUAGUUUGCUACGAUUGAAUGCAUAUUUUGGAAACAUUUGACACAACGCGUGAUGCUGUUUUCAGAAAACCCCAAAACGUGAAACAGUUUUUUUUUCUUUUUAAAAGCCUAUCAGAACUUCGAAACGUAUCAGUACAUUUAUCAGAUAAUAAUAACUUAUCCACCGUGCACGGCACGGUUGAGAAAUCAGACUUUAUAGCAACAGUCGUGAGGGUGACUUAAUAUCAAAAAGUAUAGUGAAAAUAAAACGGAAGGAAAAUAAUUAGAGCCAAUUAGUAGUGGUUCGGUUUCACACACUGGUUUGAAAGUAAGUUUGGGAUUGCUUCCUAAAUUGAAACAGAAAUCGAAUCCGCACCGAAAUCCGCGUGUGUUAUACGGGUAGUACCUACCAACCGAGAAAAGUGCACUUGUAUAAGAGAGAGUGAAAAAUUGUUCGAUUUUGGUUUGAUUUUUUUUUCGGGUGAAUCAAAGUGCCGUCGUGGAUUGCAGUGACCGGUGAAGGAACCGAUUAGAAGCUAAAUUUCGACUGCUUCGAUUCGUUUAUAUUCGAGUGUGCGAACAGUGACGAGCCCCUCGGUGGCCGCCCGAAAAAGCCUGCAAGCUGGAUUACUUAAACAUGGAUUUCGACGACGGGGACCUGAAGGAGCUAUGGGACACGGAUCUCGAUGCGACCAUGCAAGACACACUCAAAAUGUCCAGUUACGCGGACAUGCAGGACUGGAUGGACCGUGACUCGAAGCUCCCACCCGUGAUCCUGAACGAUAAACUGAUGACAGACGCCAUUAUCGGCACCGGUAUGCCAAUCAAAACCGAGCAUUCGUAUAGCCUCAACUCGGACGGAGAUUCCAUAUCGGAUACGCUACCCGACUCACCCCACAGUUCCCAAAACAAAAUGGAUGAUAUGGAAGAAGAGUGCUAUCCGGCGAUCAGCAUGAACACCGCUACAAAUGGCCAAAACAAGCAUCAAAUCAUUCACAGGCAUCCGCCGUACAUUCCCGUUCCGAUAUCGACGGCCGGUACGACGGUUCUCACUGCCUUCGGUGGGCACCAUAUGCCAGCUUUCAAAAAUGUCACUUCUUCUACCGCUGGUGGUGGUGGUGGUGUUGGUGGUGGAGGCGGUGGCGGCGGAGUUAUUGGCAAUUUCAGUCUACUUAGUGCGCUCCAACAGCAGGCCAAUAACAGUAACCAAUCGCAGCAGGCCCAGCUGGCACUCGGACAAGCGAUUAAUUUAAACAACAAUCACCUCACCUUGAACAACAACCUCGUGAAAACGGCUGGAAACAACUUCGGCAGCUUACUGCUUCCACCGGCCUACAGCAGCAAACGAAGUUGUUCUAAUGAUUCGUCCUCUUCCAGUUCAGGCAGUGUUGUUUCCGAUGUCGAAAUUGACGAGCUGACGGUGAAGGAAGAACCAAUGUCUCCUGGCUCCAGCUGUCCUCCUUCUCCGGCAUGUGCUGGUGCCGGCGGAACGGUUCUCAACAGUUACGCCAUCUCGACAGUUAAUCUGGCCAAUAUGGCAGCAUAUACCCAAUCCGACCUUGUGUUGGAACACAAGAAUGGCACCCUCCAGCUCACACCCGCCUCGCAGAGUCUGCUUAAGAACCAGCAGAUAGUUAUCAAUGGUAGCACAAUCUGCACCACUAGUGGUAGCAGCAGCAUAGCACAACCUGCAUCCACACCGAAGAUUGUGAUGUCCAAGCUGAACAUCAAAAUGGAACCGCAAUCGUCCACUUCCUUCGGUCUACCUCCGACGCCUCCUUCCUCGCUUCCGAGCGAUGAAUCUGAGGGCAACCAAAGUCCGGAGCAUCACACGUCACCAAUGUCCCCGCCUACCGCCGUGAUCUCAGCGGUGUCACCUAGUACUACCGGUCCGGGUAGUAAUUCUAGCAGCAGCAGCAGCAGCAGUAGCAUCAGUAGUAGUAGUAGUAGCAGCAGCAGCAGUAGUAGUAGCAGCAGCAGUAGUUCCAACGGGAGUACACCGUCCAGCCGAAGGGCCUCGGUACAUACGGCAUCCGCUGCAGCAGUGAUGAGUUCACCGGGUUGCGCGCAAGUUGCAGCCGUCCGAGCAGUUGCUGCAAGUCAGAAUGCUACAACCAGGCAGCCUAUCCACACACCGCUCAUCAGUAGUCAACCGAAAGGAUCAACGGGCACACUUAUUUUGACAGAGGAAGAAAAACGUACGCUGUUGGCCGAAGGAUAUCCCAUACCGGCACGACUUCCGUUGACAAAGGCCGAAGAGAAAUCUCUCAAAAAGAUUCGGCGGAAGAUUAAAAAUAAGAUUUCCGCCCAGGAAAGUCGACGAAAAAAGAAGGAAUACAUGGACCAGCUGGAGCGCCGUGUCGAGAUUUUAGUCUCCGAAAAUCUUGACUACCGGAAAAGAGUCGAAUCUCUUGAGGAUUCCAACCAGAAUCUGAUGACGGAACUGGGGAAGCUACGUUCACUCAUCAGCCGACAGCAAAAUGUCCGCAAGAUGUAAGAAUUACGGUUCAAGUUUGCGUUAAUGCGCAGGAACGAAUGAAAAUUUAUUUUUCUAUGCGACAAAAUGCAUCUCUGGAUUUCCUAAACUGUAACAUGUACAAAGUAGUUAAUUUUUAGGAUGAGUUCAAAAGUGCAUUAGAUAAAAAUCGUUAGUAACAAGUGAGGUACUAGACAUAAUGUGAUAGUAACCACACCGAAUUCUAUGUUUUUGAUCUUGUUGAUGAUUAGAAAAUUUUUUUCGUGCAAUACUUUUACUGACCCGCACCUUCAAAGUCGGUGCAGAUAUUUAUUUUUUACAGAAUUUUUCCCUACUCUCCAUAUCUCACCACUCUUCGGUCGUGAAUUUCGGAAGAUUUAUCGUCUAACAGAGACAAGAGACACUAAGAAUGAUUACAAUAAUACAACUACAUUCCCUUAGCUAGAUGGUUAUUGCUUAAAUGUUGAUUCCUAGAGAUGAUUCAUAGAUUUAUCGUUGAUAACACCAACCCAACACAGAACCAAUAGAAUUCUUUGAUAUUAAGGUUAGCUAUAAACUUUGGCUAGGGAGAAAAAGAAAUAGUUCCAAAUACGACCACGAGCAAACAAAAUGAUCGAGUGUGCCUCUAACGACAUUCCCCUCUCAAUGGUAACAUUAGCCAACUGGCCACCCGUGGCACUUGCCGAAGCUUAAGAAAGCUUUCAAGUUCUUGUUAUACGGUUUCGUACAACUUAUCACCGCACAAAGGCGCUCGUGUCGUCAUCAGUCCUCUACCGGGUUUCCGAUGAACCUCUGCGAUAAACGAGAAAGAGAAAAGCACGAUUGUUUAGAGGGUUAAUUUCAUCGAUAGUUUGUAAGUCAGUUUAGUUCCAUCGAUAUAAGAAUGAUUAGUAUGGUAACAUUUUCCGUUACAGUAACGAUAAAACUUGCAAAUCUUGUAUUUAAGUUGUUUUUUCUUCUGUUUUGUUGAUCAGUUUGUGUACAUAUUCGCAAUGGACGCAAAAGUGGACUAUUCGGGUAAACAGCAGUAAGUAGGUCAAAAUACCGACAGAGGAAUCAGUUGCCCGGCAACUGGUUGGUAUGUAAAUAGCUGAGUUAAGUACGUUUUCCAAAUUCAUCCAUACUAGCGCACUUCGGACCUCAAUCAUUUUGAGAGAAUAUAAACGUUUUUCAUGUUGAAAUUUAUCCGUCUAUGCAGAGAUAGCAGAAUGUUCGUUUUUGUUUUUUCAAAAGAAUCAAAGUAUCUACCGUUUUGGCUUGCUCAAAUAACAAGCCAACUAACACUAGCUCGAAGAAAGAGAGAGAGAGAGAGAGAGAAGAACACGAGUACUUACGGGAAUUAUGAUUGAAUAUAUUAUUUACCUAUUACGUCGCCGUAAUGUUUGUGAGAGGAUGUGUUUUCGCCUAGGUAAGUGUACAUUUUGAAUCACAAAAGUCGACCGAAAACAAGAGGAAUAUAUUUUAUAUAAAAGUGUACAUUGUUAAACGAACGAUAGAAUAACCAAACUAAAUACUUAACCGUAGCGAACAGAAGGAUUUUGCUAGAUUUACAAAGACCUUAACUGAUAUACUUUGUAGGUAUUGUCCGAGGAGGAAACGAGAAGCCGGGAAGCAUUUUUAUACAUUUAUUAUCUUAGGGAGAAUGAUAAUCAUAAUGAUAUAGCAGAGAUCUAAAGGUGCUCUGCGAGACCUAAUCCACACUAUUUACAGUUAAACGGGGAAGUUUCUGUUCCGCUCGGAUGAUUUAAGAAAUCACCUCGAUAUAUUAGUAGGCUAAUAAAAGUAAAAACGUUAAUCUAUUUCUGCCAUUUUAAAUAUUAGUUUUAUUAUGAGGUCAUAACGAAAACUAUUAGAAUGAAGAUGUACGUGUAAUAUUUAAGCAGAUAAUACAGCUAUGUUAAGCUAAGCUAAGUGCUAUUUUGAUGACUGAUGAAUUCAUAUAUUUUCGGGUCUUGCGACCCACUUGACUAGUAAUUCUUCCAAUAAUAUUCUAACACACGGCUAAUUAUUGUGCAAUUUAAGCUUUUUUUCCUUAUUUAAAUUGUUAUCUAUAUUUUGUUUAUGUUUAUUUUUCCAAUAUUUUAAAUCGAAACAAAAAAAAAAACAAUAAAAUAUGUUACCUACAUCAUUUUGAAUUUAGUUUUAAGUUUGCUGAUGUCUUAACUAUUUUUAAGAUUGUAAUACCUACUCUUCACGCUGCACGCUCCUUCUAAUAUUUCGCUCACCGUAGGUGGUGUUGAUAUUAUUGCAACCUACUGGCGACUAGUUGUUGCAAUACACGUUUCUCAACCAGCAGACAACCAGCAUUGCGCGCAUAUUGCAGGUAUGAAAAACUGAGCAUUUAUGAAAUGACUGUAUAUUUAGCUUACCAGCGUAAAUCCUAAAGAUAAAUUAAAGUAUCAAACCUAAUACAUUCUUACGAAACGAACACAUACCCAAACAGAAACGUGAAUAGAAAGAACCAACAAUGAGUCAAUGAUAUGAAAAUUUAGGAAAUUGAUUGCUCCUACUCUUCUGUAAAAGUUACUUAACGAAAAACGAACAGAAAAUAAAUACACAUCUUAUUACCGAAA